AAAAUUUCACACAGGCGACUCAAACGAAUAGCAAUUUAUUUUUGCAGGUGUUGCCUUUUUUGUAAAAAUAAUCAAGAAAAUUGAAUAAAUCUUUAUUAAAUUCUUACUCAAAGAAAAGCAAACAUUAAAAUGGAACAAAUGGAUAUGGAAUUAAAAAAGGCAUUCACCGAAAUGCAAAUAAAUAAAAUUGAGACAACCAAGAAAAUUAAUAUGAUUGAUAUGAAGUGUGAUAUGGUGAAGACCGGCAAACAAAAAUAUCAAUUGACCGAAAAGGGUACCAGUGAUUUAACACAGGAUACUAGAGUUUAUUUAUCGGUAGGCCGUAUGUUUGUCUUAACCAGCGUCCAGGAUAUGCGUGGUGACUUAAAAGCUAAACAAGAAAAAUGUGAUAAGGCCAUUGAAUUGCUGAGCAAAAAGAAGGAAUUUUUGGCGAAAUCACUUAAGGAUCAAGAAGAUGGCUUACGUGAAUUAGUGCAACAACGUAAAGAAGCCGAAGCCACCAAAUAGAUGUGACAGACUCAAGCAAUCAUAAACAUUCAUUUUCAUAUUAUGUUUCUUUUGCAUUUAAGCUUUAACAACUCAACCACGUAUAUAUAACACGAUAAACAAAGUUUCAAUUAAAACAAAAAACGAAUACCACUUUUGUGUUUAAGAAAAAAAUUAAA